CUAGUUCCGGUAAACAGUAAACAGUGAUGGCAGAGUCCAAGAACAAGAGCUUUUGCAGUGUACCUAGGUGUUCAAAUUCGAAACAAAAACAACCGUAUCUCAGUUUUCAUAGUUUUCCGGCUGAUAACGAGCAGAAGAAAAAAUGGGUGCGUGCUAUUAGGAGAGAUGAAGGGACAAACUUUGUGAUUCGGCGGGGAAGUACCUUUGUGUGCAGCCUGCAUUUCACUGCUGCAGAUUACAGAGAGGGAAGCUCACGGUUGAAAGCUGGUGCUGUUCCCACCCGGUUUCAGUGGAACAAGUUUAAUGUUCCCCCUAAAAGCCCUUCAGCACCGUGUCCACCGGAGUCGGAGGCUGUGGAAAACCUGAGCAUUUGCGCUAAUGACCAUGACUACGCAGCUCGACCUCCUGCCGGUGCUUUAGAUGAUGCCCUGCAAUACAUUGAAGAGCUGGAGGACAGAUUGCAGAAAACAUCAAAGAGGUCAUCAAGCAUCCUGGGCAGAUUUUGUGUUUCUGAUGAGACCAUCUAAUCUACUGGAUGAAGGCACAAAGACUGGGAGAAGCAGCAUUCCCAACACCAAACCCUGCACGAAAGAUCCACCUACUAGAUGAAUUGCUUAUCUAUUGCCUUUGUGUAGCUGCUAGACUAAAGGAGCAGGUGAUUACUGACAUCUGUGGAGUAAGCAUAGCUACAGUCACCAGAAUAAUUAUUACAUGAGCAAAUUACCUGUUUUUUGUGCAGGUUGGAUGUCGAGACAACAAGUAGAUGACUCCAUGUCAGAGAAACUUAGACAGUACAGUCCAAAAUGAGAGUACAUGAACUUGAGAACACAGAACUUGACUGCACAGAAAUUUGCUGCGAGAGCGCCACCUCUCUGACACUUCACUCUGAGACCUUCUCCAACUACAAGAACACUACUACAUUUAAAGGUCUACUUGGCGUAGCGCCAUGCAGUGCAGAGAUUUAUUUCCAGCCUUUUCACAGGUUAGAUUUCUGACAAAAAGAUCACAAGACAGUCAGGAAUUCUGGAACUGCUGGAACCAGAAGAUGAGAUUAUGGCAGACAAGGGUUUCAUCAUCGAGGAUAUAUGCUGGCGACUUAAGGUGCAAAACUGAUUAUUCCACCAUUCAAACAUGGAAAACAGUUCAGCAAAAAGUACUGUGGACAAACACAGGCAAUUGCAUGCUUCAGAAUCCUUGUGGAAAGAGUGAUUCGCAGGGUUAAGGAAAACCAUAUUUGGGAUUCUACUGUGCCACUCAGCCUGGCUGGAAGCAUAAAUCAGAUCUGGCAUAUUUGCUGUUUUAUGGUGAAUUACCUAGGACCAGUGUUUAUUGAUCCAUGAGUGAAUGAUUUAAAGAAUGAACUUACAUACUUUUUUAUAUUCACUUUAAAUCAGUUUCAUAAUGUAACUCAAAAAGGUCCU